AUGAACAUAAAAUGGAGGAAGAGAAUAAUAUGGAGAAAGGCGGGUUAUACGGCAGAUACAAUGUCAUCCAUUAUGACAGACUUGGAUCUAUCUCUCGCACAAUUUUCACUGUUUGGUUCGCUCUCGACGUUUGGAGGAAUGAUCGGUGCAAUCUUCAGCGCCAAAGCUGCAUCUGCCUUCGGUAAUAAAAUAACGCUGUGGCUCGCUGAUUUGUUCUGCAUAACUGGCUGGCUUGCAAUUGCGCUAGCCAAGAAUAUUGUUUGGCUCGAUUUGGGACGAUUUUUUGUGGGAAUUGGAGUUGGUCUCAUUAGCUACGUGGUGCCUGUAUAUGUUGCAGAGAUAACACCCAAGCACGUAAGAGGCGCUUUUACGUUUAGCAAUCAGUUGUUGCAAAACUGUGGAGUUGCAAUCGCAUAUUACUUUGGAAAUUUCUUGUCAUGGAGAACUCUAGCCUUAAUCGGUAUUAUUCCGUGUGCCGUACAAGUUAUUGGUUUGUUCUUCAUACCUGAGUCUCCAAGAUGGCUGGCAAAAAAAGGUCGCGACAAAGAAUUCGAAGCCAUCCUCCAAAAGUUAAGAGGAAAAAAAUAUGAUAUUGUGCCCGAAUCUCGGGAAAUCAAGAUUUCGGUUGAACUUUCGAAGCAGAAUUCAAAUAUAGGCAUCCGUGGUCUUUUCAGAAAGAGAUAUGCUCAUCAACUUACAAUCGGAAUAGGUUUGAUGCUUCUGCAACAGUUAUGUGGAACUGCAGGAAUAAGCGCGUACGGAAGCACUCUAUUUAAACUUGUCGGAUUUCCUGCUCGGAUUGGGAUGAUGGUGUUGUCUUUUAUCGUCGUACCAAAAUCUUUAAUGGGUUUAAUUCUCGUGGAUCGAUGGGGAAGACGACCACUUCUUAUGAGUUCAGCAUUUGGGUUAUGUUUAAGCUGCAUUACAUUGGCGGUAGCUUUUGGAGUUAGAGAUGUCCCCGAGUUUGCAAAAAUUGCUCCAAUUUUCACUUUCAUUGGAAUAUUGACAUUCACGAUGAUGUUCGCGGUUGGAAUGGGAGCGUUACCAUGGAUUAUAAUGUCUGAGAUAUUUCCAUUGGAUAUAAAAGUAAUAGCUGGGAGUUUAGUGACCAUAGCCAACUGGUUCACUGGUUGGAUCGCAAACUAUUGUUUCAAUUUUAUGUUGGUGUGGAGCCCAACGGGGACUUUUGUUAUAUCCGCUAUAGUAUGUGGAUUGACAAUUGUAUUCACAUGGUGUUUGGUGCCAGAGACUCGAGGAUUAACACGAGAAAUGUCUCUGAAGCCUUACUUUUCUCUACACUCAUUACCUAAAAAUGCAAAACUCUCCAACCUUUUGAUCGCUCAACAAACCUCCGGUGACCGGAAACCUUCCCCGGCAGAGGAAUUUUCUCCGCUGGCUGAGAAGUUCAACCGGCGGCUUCUUCUGGGUGUAGGAUCCUCCUCUGUGCUUGCGAUCGGUGCGAAUUUCGGAGGAAUCACGAGUCUCUUACUCGGUCUAUCGCCAGAAAUCGGCCGGAAUUUGAAACUCGACGUCAUUUAUCCUAUCGGAGGUUAUAGCAGAUGUAUCGACACGGCUGAAGGAUUCGAAUUUAUAUAUCCGGCUACGUGGGUUGGGGACCAGACGCUUUUGUAUAGAGCGGCUGAGAAAACAGAACGGGAGACUUCACUAGACCUUCCUCCGGCAAGAAAUAGUCGCCGGAAAAACGUCAAUGAACCGGUUGUUGCAUUUGGACCACCCGGUUCGACCGGUGAGCUCAAUGUCAGUGUUAUCGUCUCCCCUGUCUCGCCUGGUUUCUCAAUUGAAGCAUUUGGAGGGCCAAAGGAAGUAGGAGAAGCAAUAGUAAGAACAGUGACAGGAUCUGGUCAAAGAAAAGAUUUAAAAGGAACGUUGCUGGAAUCAAAUCUCAGACAAGAUUCAGAGAGAAACUUGAAGUACUAUGAGUUGGAGUUUAAAGUCGAAUCACCGCUUUUCCGGCGGCAUAACGUGGCCGUUUGUUGCGCUAACGGUGGCCGGCUUUAUACUCUCAACGCUCAGGCUCCAGAGUCAGAUUGGUCGGAGGUGAGAUCGGAGUUUCACACUAUUGCUAAAUCAUUCAAUAUCAUUUCUUGA